AUGCCUUGCCCGUCGGCGGAUGAGGAAGAUGAAGGGCCCCCACCGCCCUCGCAGUCCCACUUCGCCAAGUUCGAGCACUUCACACCCAACGAUGCAGCAUCGUUUGACGACGAGUUCGCCCGCCUCGCCUCGUCCCAACAGUGGGUUCCUGGUUCUCAGGAUUACACCCGACAACGCACCAUCGCGAUGAGGGAGGAACUCCAGCUCCACUACUUCUCGCAGCCGCAACGGCUCGACAACGUCGACGAAGAAGAGCUCAGCGACGAAGAGAGAGCGCUCCAGGGCUACCAAGCCUUAUGCCACGAGGUCGGCAUUGAUCCGAGAUAUUCGGCCGCAGAGUGCAAGAGGGACCUGAAGAAUACGCUAGUCAACAUUGUCGAUCUCAUCGAUGCGCGGCGGACGGGCAAACGAGUCGAAGUGUGGAAUAGUUUUGAAGAGUUCCGUGCCUACACCCUCCAAGACAAAAAGAGGAUUAAUCUCGGGAGGCGAAGAAGCCCCCAGGGUAUCUUGCUUCGUUGUUGCAGAAUCUGUCAGCGCCCCGAUUACGUGGAAAAAACAGAAAACGCAACGGUCCUAAAGGGUCGAAGAUGGAGUACCCUAGGGCACAUCUCGGCCCUGCUCGCGCUCAAGGCGGAUGCGAGUUGUUCCGGUGGGCCGGGUGUCGGCAGCGGGAGAUGGGUUGCUGGUUGGGUUGAGAAGUUUGUUUUGUUUUCCACUAGUUUGUGUCAUUGGCAUCGGGAUAGUGAUUCAUGCUUGGGGCUGAGUGGUUCCUGGGUAUCAUUGCAGGAAGACGAUGCUUCAGUAGCGGAGGUUUGA